AUGACCUACAGCUGUUCUUACAGUGCGAUAGGGCGGACGGCCUCUCUCUCUUUGACCUCACCUCUGGCGCUUCCCCUGCCCCUGCUGCUGAUGCUGACGCCACUGUUCGCUCCCAGUGGGCCACGCGCGAUGCUGCUGCACGUCUUGCUGUGCGUCGCCACCUCCCUACCUCCGAACGUGCGCACUUUAGUCAGUACAAGAGUGCUCAGACCUUGUACGCCGCUGUAGUCGCGCGCUACUCCUCCCCUUCCACUGCUGCACUGAGCCGUCUCAUGCUGCCGUACCUCUUCCCUGACCUUGCUUCCUUUCCCACCGUUGCUGACCUCAUUACGCACCUCCGCACUAGUGACACUCGCUACCGCGCUGCACUUCCUGCUGACUUCUGCACCGCGAACCCCCCCCCCAUGUACAUCACUCUGUACUUCCUAGUCACUCGCCUCCCUGACUCCCUUCGAGUAGUCAGGGACCACUUUCUCUCAGUCUGGGUGUUCUCCCUCCCCCCUGCUGCCCUCUGUUGCCUCUGCUGCUUCGGCCGACCUCCUUGGUCUUGA